UCAGCAUGGUGACUGGCGCAUAGGAGGGAGGCACCAGGACACGGCAGGGGAUCAGCUGUCCUGGGGCCUCCAGGCCCCAGGCCAGCUCUGGGGACAGUUAAGCUCUCCAGCUCCGGGGACUGGUGGGCUUCCGGCUUGAAGCCAGCACUGCCGGCCCUGGCAGCCGACCAGAUGUGGCAGGUCCAGCUGCUCAGAUGGACGGGGGCUGCCAUCGAGGCUGAGCCGGGGCUGCCAGGGCUGCACUGGACACGCAGGCACCAAGAAGAGCCCGGAAAAGAGCAGAAGGCGCAGCCAGCUCCAACGUCUUCUCCAUGUUUGAUCAGUCCCAGAUCCAGGAGUUUAAAGAGGCCUUCACCAUCAUGGACCAGAACCGGGAUGGCUUCAUCGACAAGGAGGACCUGAGGGACACCUUUGCUGCUCUGGGCCGCAUCAACGUCAAGAACGAGGAGCUGGAGGCCAUGGUGAAGGAGGCUCCCGGGCCCAUCAACUUCACCGUCUUCCUGACCAUGUUUGGGGAGAAGCUGAAGGGCACGGACCCAGAGGAGACCAUUCUCCAUGCCUUCAAGGUGUUCGACACUGAAGGCAAAGGCUUCGUCAAGGCUGAUGUGUAA